AUGAAGAAAGAUGUUCUAAAAUGGGAUAGAAAGAAAAAAUAUGGGAUAAAAUUGGAUAAGACGCCACAUGGUGGAAUAGAUUUUGGGACCGAAUACAAUCCCUACAUGUUGAACUGCUACAUGAGGGAGAGCAAGUUGAUCAAAACAUGUUUCCAGUUGAUGGGAUCCGCCUUCAAAUCUGCCCUAUCCUCUACGGAUUUUAACAAGGGCUGUAGAAUCCUCACCCUGGCCAUCAAAUGUUGCGACGACGUGGAGAUGAACAUACGAAGCAACUGCAACGGCGACGCUUCCGAGCACUUCGUCCUCAAAUACGUUCGGCCACUGCUAAACUUCCAUCACGAUUUUGUGGUCAAACACUGCCCAAAAUUGCUGCCAAGUUACGUACCAAGGCUUCGGUUGUUGAUGAACCAGGCAAUCUGCUGGCAACAUUCAGUGUUCUUAUGUAUCAUAACAGCCUUCAUGUCGGUUUUCACUUGUCUCGAUCAGUGA